GCUCCUCACAUCGAAGGAAGAGAUGAAGAUGAGUGUCUUUGUGUUCACUACGAAGGUCUAUGAGUAGACGCUUCGUAAAGUGCCUUCAGCUGUCUGUUGCCCUCUGUAGUUUGCCUUCAUCAAUACUUGACAGAAAUGAUUUGAUCAUUCUGCUGUUGUAACAUAAAAAUUGUUGGAAUCAAGUGGUGCUAAACGGAACAAGUGUUUGCCAUUCAUACAUGUACAAUCAGUGUCAUUUUACUCUGGAGACUGUGGCACUCUAGGAACUCAGAAUGAUCAUGGAUUGCACUGUGGAAGAAUCUAUGAUAAAGCUAAGGGGUGUGGUCAAAGAUGCAGGGGAGGGGUGUGAGAUGACCCCGCCCAUUGAAUGUCGAUUGACCCAGACAGGAGGGGAGGUGGAAACCCUUUUGUCAACUGUUCUCAAAACACAGAGGGAAAGCCUGCAUGAUGAGGAUGCUGAAUCUGAUGCUGUUGUUAAGCAACAAACAGCAGUAGACGAGGUGCUCUAUCAUGCUAUGGUCCAUCUUGAUACAGAACUGAGCAAGAAAGACAAAGAUAGCCAGGAGGAAACAGAGAUUGAGGUUAAUCUCUUGGCUCGUUUGGAACAAGUUCUGGAGUACUGCUCACAUCGUCUGGACAACAAGAUCAUCUCAUUAGAAGUUCUACUACUCCUCUCUGUGGUGCUUGAUCCUCAUGCAAGCUUCAACAAAGCAGAUACCUGGUCGUCUCGUUCCUCUUUCUCAAAGAGUUCAGUACUGGCCCAGUUGAUAAACCACUUUGGUGCAUGUGGAGGGUUUGAACUAGUCAGACAGAGACUGAGACAAGCUAGAGACCUCAGUAUUGCUCAUUUAGCAGCUCUUUUGAGGCCUUUUGGACAGUGUUACCAGCAGCUAACAGCAGAUACAAUCAAAAGCUACUUCCUUCCAACAGUGGAUUCAGUAUGCUCUCAUCUCCUAUCAUGCUCAGACAGGCAGUUGUUUCAACAAGAUAUUCAGGUGGGGGAUUUACAGGCCACUUACCUUGUUGGACCUCGAGCAGCUUACGUCAUAGUGGAGGCUGUUAUGAAUCUCUUGUCAGCUGUCAAGUCAGAAGAAGCUGAGGCAGAGGUCAAAGUUCAGUAUUGGCAAGACACCAUUCUCACAAGGUUAAAGCAUGCUUUAGAAGAUGAAGCAAGCUCUGGAGAAUGUACCCCCUCAGCUGGUACGGCCAGUCCUCAGGGACAGGUAGCUUCAAGACGUACGUCUCGGGAAAGUCAGAAAGACAUCACUACUCCAGGAUCUAUCAAUGAUAGUGAAUGUGAGAUGAAAUCACCAACCAGCCUGAGUAGUAGAUCCUGUCAGACUUUACCAUACAUGGUAGACUCAGUCCAGCAGGAUACGUUAGAUCUUAUUGAACGACUAGCCAAAGAGAGUGGCACUCCUCCUUUCAAAGACCCUCUAACUUCCUCAUCACCAUGUAGUCCUGCGGAUACGUGCUCUGACUCUGGCACGAUAGCUGACCCCACAGACUGUGCCUCGGCCUCGCAACAGAUGAUCACCAUUGAUAUCGAACCGCCAUCUCCGCGACCUCCUCAUGCAUCCACCGCGACCAUGGAUGCCACAAUCGAUCUGGACAUGCCCUCCACGUCCUAUGGGAUUGUUGAGCACCCCAGUAAGUUCCCGUUUGAUCGGAUGAAGCCGGAGUUGGUGUCUAGUGAUGUCAUCGUCUGGAACCAGGGGCGCCCUUGCCCAACAUUGCCUUGUGGGUCACGUAUCCCAUUGGAGAGUAAGCAUCUUCCAUUAGGAAUUGGGUUGGAUUCUAGUGAUACAUCAUCCAUGGUGUCAAUGACAUCGGUAGCAAGGUCAGCAAGUGAACUUGGGACAACGUGUCGGGUUUGCUUUGAAGGAGAGACUUCAUCUAAGAACAGACUGAUCAGACCUUGCAGGUGUACUGGUUCAGCAGCAAGUAUUCAUCGUCAAUGUCUGGUUAAAUGGAUCCAGAUAUCAGGGAAUAGGACGUGUGAGGUAUGUGGGGCACGCUUCAGUUAUGUACCUCUCUCGGAACACAUGCGAGGCGUCAUGGAUAAAUUCAGGUCAAAUCGGAGAUGGAGAAAUGUGGCGUUUGCUGUUCUUGUCGGACUGGUGGUCAUCCUUUAUCUAAUCAUCUUUGCUGUGUUCCCUGGUGGGAUAAUGAACAAUUAACCCCCCUCCCCUCCCAACCCCCCCCCCUGCUCCCCUGUCUGAUCCUACCCUCCAUCAUUCAUUAUAUAUAACAUUUAUUCUACAUAUCUAGAACUACAAUUACUAAGAAAGAUAUUUAGUGUAGAUUCAUACUCACUCUGUAUAGGGUGUUCAAAUACAACAUACAACAUCUAGAGACUUUGUAACUUGUAUAUUAGGAUGUAUACCCUGUAUAUAUGUAUAGCAUUCCUGUUAUCAUUGUCUGCUCUAGACAGAUUUGACAGAAUGGGAUAUAGACAUUGAACGGAGGUAUGGGAUUUCUAUUGACUCACUUUCUUAUGAAAAAACUUAUAACAGGCUAAAGGAUUUCAGUCAAAGGCUGCCUUGCCUGUCUGAAGUCAGCGGGGCAUUUUCUACAAACGCACAGACAACAUGGGUUUCCUGAAUUUACAUGUGGUUAUUCUUUAUCAAUGAAAGCUUGGCAAAUACACAAAUUUCACUUCAGAUUUCAGUGUCAAAGUUCAACUCUCACAUAAAUAUGAAUAUUUAGAUCAGUUAUAUAUCCUAAUAACAAGUGAAUGUCAUUGGUUAUCCUGAGUAGUGUCUGUCCUCAGUUGAUAAAGAUACAUAUGAUGCAACACUGAGCACAUUGUGUGUCCUUAGUUGAUAAAGGUACAUACGACACGACACUUGACGAAGCCAUGCAUGCCUGCGUAAGAGGUCCCCAGUUGUUCCAAUAAAGGUUCAUUAUUAAUGGGUGCGUGUAUCGCAUCCAAUUUGAACAAUUGAUUGUGCUGUGUGCAUGUAUCUCCACUUUCAGGGUAACAAAAAAGAAAGACAUCAGUGAUAUGAUAUGCAUUAUAGUAGAAUGGUGGGAGCCUUAUAAUCUUGUGGUAGUGACUUCCAAUUUUAGAGGGUUUUGAGAUCGAAUCCCAGCCAUGGUGUCUUCUUCAGCAAAAAAUGAAAAAUAAUCCACAUUAUACAGUGCUCAACCUAGGUGUUGUACCUUGCCGGAAUUCAUUCCUUGAAAUGUCUCUGAAGCUGGAAGGUAGCUGGCUAUAGCCAGGUAAUUAAUGAUAACUGGCACCUAAAGAAAUCUGCAGAGUUUGUACGAGCAAUUUGUACGUUGCAUUAUUAUUAGAACAUUCAUGCAAGGUUUUUGGUAGAUAGGUAGUUGUAGGAAUCGGAUUGUUAAACAAGAAGUCAUGUUAUUGUUGAAAAUACGACAUGCUCAGACUAGCAUUCCGAUCAAAGUGUGACUUACAUUUGAUCACUUAUGAUGGGAUCUCUGUGAAAAGUCUUCUGUUAUUAUUUUGGCAGACAGUGGUUGCAGUGUAUGUGAAUAAAUGAUCCCUAGCUUCUUGCCAGUUUAUGAGAGGAGAUUGACUUGGGGUAUUGUGAUUGUGCUAUAUCUUGUGUAAAAGGGAGUGCAAUUUCCAUAAGGGCCCUGCUGGAAAGUCUUUCAAUUUUCCUGCAAUAUUGCAUAAAGAUAAUGCAAUUUUUUUGGGGUUUCACUUUGGUCUGUAAAAUCUAUGGAGGUUAUUUGAAUGGGUAAUGGUAUGUUUAAAAAUGAUUGCAUUUAGUAUGAUAUUCAAAGAACAUACUAAAAUAUGAAUGUAUUGAGUCAUUCAUAGAAUCAUCCCUAAAUCCGGGGGGGGGGGGGGGCACUUACAUUGACAAGUGGAUACCAUGCGCAUCCAAAAAAACACGUAAAAAGGAUGUCUUUUUCAAGAUAGGGCACAGGGUGUCAAAAACACAAAAAUAUUGGAAAAAGGUAUCUAUUUCACUCAGAAAAAUAUACGUGUUUAGGAACAAAUAUGCGGGAAUGAUAAAACAAAAAGUGUUUUAUAAAGGAUGUCUUUUUUGCCCCAACACUACGUGUUUAGAGUCCGAUUUGUGCGAGGUGUGGAAGGUGGGGCCGUACUAAAUCAAAUGGUGUAUAAAGGUAAAACCGACGGACCCGUGACAUAACAAUAAAAUAUCGCUGUACAUGUUUAGGGGUUCAUUUCAGGGAAUACUUGCCAAGAGUCGUUUUGUUACCAAUACUUGUUAAGGGGUGCAUUUUCAGAAUAUGGAAAAUACAUCGCUGUACUUGUUUAGGGGCUCAAUUCUGGGAAUACUUGCCAAUAGUACUUGUUUCCAAUACUUGUUAAGGGUAGGGUUUCACACGCCAAUACUUGUUAAGGGGUGCAUUUUCAGAAUAUGGAAAAUACGUGUUUAGGGUGCUUUUCGAGACCCCAUGGUCGUGCAUGGUAUCCACUCGUCAAUGGAAGUGUCCCCUCCGGGCCCUAAAUGCCAAUUUUAAAUUAUUGAAGAUGGUUUAAUGAAGGUAAUACUUGUGGUGUUACUCAGCGAUUUUUGUAAUUAAAUGUGUGAGGUUUUAUCGCAAGUUUUAGAAACUUAACUUUGUUUUGGACCUGCAUCUUUAUUUAUAGAAUUUACAGUAAUAGCUGGUUUGUCUCAUAUGCAACGAAGCAAAAUUUUAUAUUCAUGGUUUUAUUUAUGUGUGUUUAUUAGGCUUGAUGAUUGUAUUGAUAUGAUUGUAUAAACCUGAACCCAUUUGAUUGAUGAGGUUGUAUAUAUCUGAAUGCACUCAAUGGAUAUGAUCGCAUAUUACAAGCUCAAUGCAGUCAAUUGACAUAAUUUGCAUAAACCUAAAGGCAUUCAAUCAAUAUGAUUACAUAAACCUGAUUGCAUUAAUCAAAUGCAAUCAUUAAAUAUAUUUACAAGCUAUCCAGCAGGGCCUUUGAUGGAUUUGGAAAGAAAGAAAAAAGAAGAAUGAGAAAAGGGUUGAUUAUGAUUGACAAACAGGCUGAAAUAGAACAGUGUGAAGGAACGCUGCUUGUGAUCAAUUGCAAGUCAAAUUCUUUUAUUGAUAUUUACUAUUGAUUGCAAGUAGGUUUCUUGCUAAUUUAGUUCACAUGAUGGAAUGUAAGGUACCAUCAUUUGAAUGGAUUUUCAAAGAAAAAGUAAAACUUAUACUCCAUUGAAGAAAAAUUCAGAGUGAGCAUACAAGCUCACAUGGUACAAUUAUGUAUACAGGUACGAAUAAUCACACUGAUUUAUGGUGUAUAUCUAAAAAAAAAAUCAACCAUUUGAAAUUGAUUUGAAUUGUGCUCGACCUGCAUUUAUUCAUUUCAGAUAUACUUGGUCAUGAUGUACAGUUAAUGCAUGUAGCUAUGUGUGUUGAUUCAAAGAAAAAAUAUGAAAUGAGUACAAAAAAGCAUACCUAUUUUUAUAUUGUGAAAGUUGAACACUUACGUUUCUUGCACGUUUAGUAUGGCAUUAAAACUGAGAAUAUAUGGUAACAAGAUUCUCUGUAAGGCAAAUAUCUCUUUACUGGUUUUAACAUUACUUUUCUAUCAGGGUUUCAGUUCCUAUCACUCAUCUAGUGCUCAAAGAAAGAUUGCUUUUGAAGCAACUCUACGCUACCAUUUAGAUUAGAUAAUAAUUGUAUGACUUGUUUCAUGAAGUGUCAUAUAUGUUACAUUAGAUGAGUUUUGUCUUUGUUAACAUUUACUUAUGAUUCCAAUGCAAUCAUAGUUUGCUGUCACAGGGGAGCUUUGUUAACAUUUACUUGUGAUUCCAAUGCGGUCAUAGUUUGUUGUUACAGGAGAGCUUUUCAUGAAGAAUGUUUGUCAGUGAUUUUCACCAUUAGAUGUUAUAAGCUACUGGAAUUCCUUGCAUCUGAUUGGCUGGGAACUAAUUAGUUGGUUAAAAUCACUGACAAAACUCUUCAUAGAACCCUCCCUUUGUUUUACCUGUAUGUGAACACUGAUCAUCCAGC